AUGGCUUCCCUCCUCCUUUGCUCACUCAUGUUGACGAUGGUCUCUCUCUUCCUCGGCUCCGCUGCCGACGCUCCCAUCUGCAUUCUAUGCAACAGGAACAGAAAUUACACCAGCAAUAGCACCUACCAGAGCAGCCUUGGUCGCCUCAUCUCUUCCCUCUCUUCAUCCGCCCCAGCCACCGGCUUCGCCAACGGCACAGCCGGAGAGGUUCCCGACAGGGUUUAUGGCCUCGCGAUAUGCCGAGGGGACGUCAGUCCAACCAGGUGCGCGGAAUGCUUCGCUAGCGUCGCACGGGACGCCGCAGCGGGAUGUCCUGGAAACAAGGGCGCCACCAUCUUCUACGACUUAUGCCACCUACUUUACUCCGAUCAGGACUUCUUCGGCUCGUACAAAGCGUCGGAAUUCUUCUUCUGGAACACGCGAAAUGCCUCAGACGUGCCCACCUUCAACCGCCUCCUGGGGGGACUCCUGAGCAACCUUACCAUACUCGCCGCCCCGUCGGAGAGGAGAUUCUCCGCGGGGUCGGUGGACUUCACCAACUUUGAGAAGAUAUACGGACUUGUCCAGUGCACCAGAGAUUUAACGGCGGAGAGCUGCGACGCCUGUCUGAGAAGCGAGAUCAGCGAUAUUCCCUGGUGCUGUGACGGAAGAAAGGGGGCGAGGGUGCUCGGCGGAAGCUGCCACCUCCGGUACGAAAUGUCUCCCUUCUUUAAUGUCUCCGCCGCCGCCGACCCCCAGCCGCCUCGUCUCCCUCCGGUACCGGCUAAUACGUCUAUGCCGCCCGCCAGGACCCCUGCUGCAGGAGGUAAAGUCUAAGUUUGUUGCAUCUUUCUGUCGUUUCUCCAUUUCUUCAUCUAUGACUAUCAAAGAAACUUCAGAGAGUAGUAACUUGGACAUGACCUCGGCUGGGGGGGAACGAGGUACGCGAGACUGUGAAGGACUCAUAGCCCCAGGUUUCUUCUUAAUUUUAAACUAGCCGCCGCUGCUUGGAACGGGGAUGGCGGUUCGGAAUGCAGGAAGGGCAGUCUUUUUCGGGGGUAACCAAAUUUAAGUAGCGAUUCUGUUUUUCUUUUAUGGAGUAAUAGAAAUGAGCAAAGGUUCAUUGCUGUUUUGGGUGUCAUCACACUCAUAGUGACAGACUCCGAUCUAUCUAUUUCUUUACAUCCACAUGGUACUUCAAUUUUUUAUUUUUACACAGUACAAUUUUUUUUUACAGUCAAGUUAAACAAUAAAUAUAUUCGAAGUGGAUCAUGGAACGUGCAUGCAUUCUUUUGCAGAUAAAAAAAACAACACUCUGCCGAUAGUUGUGGGAAUUGUCGCCGCCCUACUUGUUUCUUCAGCAUUUAUGGCUAUCCUGUGGAUAUUGCACACGAGGAAAAGACAGACAGAACUACUUGGUAAGUUGUCAACCAUUUAUUCCACCAUUUUAUAACACCAAAUGGGUUAAUAUCUAAAUGGUUUAAUUUGAAAUUUGAAAUAUUUUUUCCACUGAAUAUACAUUUUGAUAUAUGUUGAACUUUUUUUUCAUCAAUGUUAUGCUCAGUGGCUGGAAGAAGUGAAAAUGGUGUCAAUCAAGCUGAUUCCCUACAAUUUGAUUUAGAAACCUUGAAGCUUGCUACAAUGAACUUCUCAGAUCAAAAUAAGCUUGGUGAAGGAGGGUUUGGUGUCGUUUACAAAGUAAACUACUAAAUUAAAUUUGAUUACUUAUUGUCUUCUAAAUGGAACUAAAAAUACAAUUUAAAUAGUUACACUUUUGUUUUCCUUAGGCUAUCAUGGAAAUUUAGUUCAAAUCUAGGGUCUAUCUGCUGUCAUUUUUUAUUAAUUAUUAUUCAUAUCAUUUGUGUAGGGUGUGUUGUCAGAUGGACAAUUAAUAGCAGUGAAGAGACUUGUAACAAACUCUGGCCAAGGAAUAGGAGAACUUACGAAUGAAGUUUCCUUAGUGGCCAAACUCCAACAUCGUAAUUUGGUAAGAUUGAUGGGUUAUUGCUUGCAAGCGGAAGAGAAACUAUUAGUAUACGAAUUUCUGCCAAACAAGAGCCUUGACAAAUUUUUAUUUGGUAUGCAUCUAACCCGUGGUUCUUUCUAUUGUUCCAAAUAUCAUUGCAUGAGUUUGAUUUACCAUUAGCUAAUGUCUGUUUAUUUAGUUUAUUUUCACGAAUCUUACAUCAAAUAUUUGCGUUUCAAGACGCAUAUAAUGUGGAUCUAAUCAGAUUGUGUCUGAGUGGUAGAUCCAUUUAAAUCCAUGGAACUCACCUGGGAGAAGAGGGUGAAGAUCAUAGAAGGAAUUGCCCGUGGACUCCUCUAUCUUCAUGAGGAUUCUCGACUGAAGAUUAUUCAUAGAGAUCUUAAAGCAAGUAACAUUUUGUUGGAUGAAGGAAUGAAUCCUAAGAUUGCUGAUUUUGGUCUCGCAAGGCUAUUUGGAAACGAACAAAGUUAUGGAAACACAAAUCGAAUUGCUGGAACAUUGUAAGUCUGCUCAACCAAUAUACGAAGAAAGUAUUUCUUAUUUAAUAUUUUUGGUAAAAAAUCAAUAAUUUUAAUGUUUUCUUGUAAAUAUAAAUAUAUACAAUUAUCAGCAGAUUGACCCCAAUUAGAGUUAGUCCUUGAUUAGACGAGAAGUCUAGAAAAUGAGCUUAGGUUGGAUUGUAUACUAGAUUAGUAAUAUAUCAGAGAGAGAUUCUAUUGCUUGUGGUAACUAUAAAACAGAAGCGAGAGAAGCUCAUCUGCAAAGUGUUAUGCAGAGGAGUAAUAUUAUGAGUACAAGAGAGUGACUUUUAUAUGUAUUCAUGUAAAAAUAUUUCAUGCAUUUCAGAACCACUGACAGAACCAUCAUGGAUGUAGGUUCAUAUCAGUAAGUAAAAUCAUAUUUAAUUUGUCAAAGGAUAUGAUCACUGUGCAAGAGAUAAGUAUAAGUCAUCAAAAAAGUUAACACACGUUUAUCUACUGGUGAAAGUGGCUACAUGGCACCAGAAUAUGUCAUGAAAGGGCAGAUCUCUACAAAAUCAGAUGUGUACAGCUUCGGCGUCCUACUUUUGGAAAUAGUGACGGGCAGAAAGUGUGUCAGCAUCUAUGGCUCUAAUCCUCCAACGGACCUUAUCACCUUUGUAAGAAUACUCAUAACCAUUGAAGCUUCGUUCUGCAUAUCUUCCUUGAAUCCCUCUUGCGUUGUACUUCCUGAUAUUUUUUACUUCAUCUGGCAUACUUCUAUAGAUUUGGCGGCGUUGGGAUGGAGGAAACCCGAUACAAGUGCUUGACAAAGCCAUAGUUGGUGGUUGUUCGACGGAAGAAGUGUUGAGGCGCAUUCACAUUGGAUUACUUUGCGUCCAACCUGACCCACUGGAGCGUCCCAGUAUGUCCUUUGUGGUCCUGAUGCUCAGCAGCCACUCGACAUCUCUCCCGAAAGUAGUCCCCCUUUCAAGCUUUACUGGGAUGAAUACGAGCACCAGUGGGGACACCAGAGUGACCAGUACGCCAAUUGACAGGCCCUCCCAUUCCUUGGCCCCCAAAAAAUGA